GAAUGGCUGAGAUGCUGUGGUGGAGGGGAACCCCGGCCCCGCACGGUCUGGCUGGGGCACCCCGAGAAGCGAGACCAGAGAUACCCCCGGAAUGUCAUCAACAACCAGAAGUACAACUUCUUCACCUUCCUUCCUGGAGUGCUGUUCAACCAGUUCAAGUACUUUUUCAACCUCUAUUUCUUACUCCUCGCCUGCUCCCAGUUUGUACCUGAAAUGAGACUCGGCGCCCUCUACACCUACUGGGUCCCACUGGGCUUUGUGCUGGCCGUCACGAUCAUCCGCGAGGCGGUGGAGGAGAUCCGAUGCUACGUGAGGGACAAGGAAGUCAACUCCCAAGUCUACAGCCGGCUCACAUCCCGAGGUACCGUUGUGGGUGUCGUUCUUUAUACUGGCAGAGAACUCCGGAGUGUCAUGAAUACCUCCAAUCCCCGCAGUAAGAUCGGCCUGUUUGACCUGGAGGUGAACUGCCUCACGAAGAUCCUGUUUGGCGCCCUGGUGGUGGUGUCGCUGGUCAUGGUCGCCCUGCAGCACUUUGCCGGCCGUUGGUACCUGCAGAUCAUCCGGUUCCUCCUGCUGUUUUCCAACAUCAUUCCCAUCAGUCUGCGAGUGAACUUGGAUAUGGGCAAGAUCGUGUACAGCUGGGUGAUUCGGCGGGAUUCCAAGAUCCCUGGGACGGUGGUGCGUUCCAGCACCAUCCCUGAGCAGCUGGGCCGCAUCUCUUACCUUCUCACAGACAAGACAGGAACUCUUACCCAGAAUGAGAUGGUUUUCAAGCGGUUGCACCUCGGGACAGUGGCUUAUGGACUCGACUCGAUGGAUGAAGUCCAGAGUCACAUCUUCAGUAUUUACACGCAGCAAGUCCAGGACCCACCUGCCCAGAAGGGCCCAGCACUCACCACCAAGGUCCGGCGCACCAUGAGCAGCCGCGUGCAUGAAGCUGUGAAGGCCAUCGCCCUCUGCCACAAUGUCACCCCCGUGUACGAGUCAAACGGUGUCACCGACCAGGCGGAGGCCGAGAAGCAGUAUGAAGACUCCUGCCGGGCGUACCAGGCGUCCAGCCCGGACGAGGUGGCCCUGGUACAGUGGACAGAGAGCGUGGGCUUGACGCUGGUGGGCCGCGACCAGUCUUCCAUGCAGCUGAGGACCCCUGGCGACCAGAUCCUGAACUUCACCAUCUUGCAGAUCUUCCCGUUCACCUACGAGAGCAAACGCAUGGGCAUCAUUGUCCGGGAUGAAUCAACGGGAGAAAUCACGUUCUACAUGAAGGGGGCGGAUGUGGUCAUGGCUGGGAUCGUGCAGUACAAUGACUGGCUGGAGGAAGAGUGUGGCAACAUGGCGCGAGAAGGGCUACGGGUGCUCGUGGUGGCCAAGAAGUCUCUGGCUGAGGAGCAGUAUCAGGACUUUGAGGCCCGCUACGUCCAGGCCAAGCUGAGCGUGCACGACCGCUCCCUCAAGGUGGCCACCGUGAUUGAGAGCCUGGAGAUGGAGAUGGAGCUGCUAUGCUUGACAGGCGUGGAGGACCAGCUGCAGGCGGACGUGAGGCCCACGCUUGAGACCCUGCGGAACGCCGGCAUCAAGGUUUGGAUGCUGACAGGGGACAAGCUGGAGACAGCCACGUGCACCGCGAAGAAUGCUCAUCUGGUGACAAGGAACCAGGACAUUCACAUCUUCCGGCUGGUGACCAACCGCGGGGAGGCUCACCUGGAGCUCAAUGCCUUCCGGAGGAAACAUGACUGUGCCCUGGUCAUCUCGGGGGACUCCCUGGAGGUUUGCCUCAAGUACUAUGAGUACGAGUUCAUGGAGCUGGCCUGCCAGUGUCCUGCUGUGGUCUGCUGCCGCUGCGCGCCCACCCAGAAGGCCCAGAUCGUGCGUCUGCUCCAGGAGCGCACUGGAAAGCUCACCUGUGCAGUGGGUGAUGGAGGCAAUGACGUCAGCAUGAUCCAGGAGUCUGACUGCGGCGUGGGGGUCGAAGGAAAGGAAGGGAAGCAGGCCUCGUUGGCCGCUGAUUUCUCCAUCACUCAGUUCAAGCACCUUGGCCGUUUACUGAUGGUUCACGGGCGUAACAGUUACAAGCGCUCGGCUGCCCUCAGCCAGUUUGUCAUCCACCGGAGCCUCUGCAUCAGCACCAUGCAGGCUGUCUUCUCGUCCGUAUUUUACUUCGCUUCUGUCCCCCUGUAUCAAGGAUUCCUCAUCAUUGGGUACUCCACCAUUUACACCAUGUUUCCUGUGUUCUCGCUGGUCCUGGACAAAGAUGUCAAGUCCGAAGUCGCCAUGCUGUAUCCUGAGCUCUACAAAGACCUCCUCAAGGGGCGGCCGUUGUCCUAUAAGACGUUCUUGAUAUGGGUGUUGAUCAGCAUCUACCAAGGGAGCACCAUCAUGUACGGGGCGCUGCUGCUGUUCGAGUCGGAGUUUGUGCACAUCGUGGCCAUCUCCUUCACGUCGCUGAUCCUCACCGAGCUGCUGAUGGUGGCACUGACCAUCCAAACAUGGCACUGGCUCAUGACGGUGGCCGAGCUGCUCAGCCUGGCCUGCUACAUCGCCUCGCUGGUCUUCUUACACGAGUUCAUAGAUGUCUACUUCAUCGCCACCUUGUCCUUCUUGUGGAAAGUCUCCGUCAUCACCCUGGUCAGCUGCCUUCCGCUCUACGUCCUCAAGUACCUGCGCAGACGGUUCUCUCCGCCCAGCUAUUCCAAGCUCACGUCCUAG